AAAGGGGAUGUAAGUGGAACAGUGAACCAGAUUACCAUCAACAUCUAUUCUGCUAGCAAACAGAGGGACUGUGUGAAGAUGUGGAGAUUAACGUGUGUCACUUUGAUCCUGCUUGUGUGUGCCAAAGGUUCACUUUCUCAGCUGAAUGUUUGUGGACAGGCUCCUCUAAACACUCGUAUUGUGGGUGGUGUGAACGCACCUGAUGGGUCGUGGCCGUGGCAGGUCAGUCUGCAUAGCAGUGUCUAUGGAGGUCAUUUUUGCGGAGGCUCCCUCAUCAACAAUGAAUGGGUGCUGACAGCAGCUCAUUGUUUACCUGCUGUCAGUGCAUCCAGUCUGCGUGUUUAUUUGGGAAGGAGGACACAGCAGGGAGUCAAUGCCAAUGAAAUCAGUAGAAACGUGAGAACAAAAAUCGUCCACCCCUCUUAUAACAGCAGAACAAGCGACAAUGACAUCGCUCUGCUCCGGCUGUCCUCCACAGUCACCUUUAAUAACUAUAUUAGACCCGUGUGUCUGGCGGCCCAGAGCAGCGCCUUCCUUUCUGGCACCAGCAGCUGGAUCACAGGCUGGGGAGAUGUUCGAGCUGGAGUGAGUUUACCUUCUCCUGGGAUCCUGCAGGAGACUUUGGUUCCAGUGGUAGCUAAUGAUCAGUGUAAUACUCUUCUGGGUUCUGGAUCUGUUACCAGCAACAUGAUGUGUGCUGGUUUAACACAGGGAGGCAAAGACACCUGCCAGGGGGAUUCUGGAGGUCCAAUGGUGAGCAGGCAGUGCACAGUGUGGGUUCAGUCUGGUAUCACCAGCUGGGGUCUUGGCUGUGCUGAUCCCAACACUCCUGGUGUUUACACCCGCGUGUCUCGAUAUCAGAGUUGGAUCACCAACACUAUUGGUCAGAACCUGCCAGGAUUUGUUGCCUUCAACCCACCGACCUCAUGCUCAUCUGCCAGCCUAACCUCAACCUCCUGUAGAGGGAGAUGCAAUGAGAAGUACAACAGUCGCUCUCGCUGCAACUGCAAUACUAACUGCAGUUUAAACUGCUGCCAAGAUUACAGACAGCGUUGUGCCAUGUGAGGUCUGUCAUAUUCCAUGGAUCAUAUGAAAAAAGGCUUAAUCACAUCACUUGCACAUAAGUCAGAUGAUCUUUACCUGCUUGUUCUGAGAUUUUACUCCAUUGCUAUACUUUGGAUGCGUUGCACAGUCAGAAACGAGCAGCAAUGCAAACACAGUCAAAGAACUGCUGCACUGACUUCACUCAGGGCUGUAAAUAGUACUUCAACAUUUGUUAACAAAGCACUUAGCUCAGUCCAUUAGUAGAAUAUUUUUGUUUUUAUGUCUAAAUCAGCAUGUUACCAACAAGAUUAAAUGUAGGCCCAGGAAAAUUUUCUUUUUUUUUCAUUUAGCAUUUGCACAUUUCUUAAAAAAAAAAAAAAAAAUUACUUUAAGUGUUUGCGGAAGUGGUGUGUCAUUUAUGAUGACGAAUAAGUGGUGAUUUCUUUAAGUUUAACUUUAUUGUUAUUUCACACGAUUCUUUACUAUGUUUGUAUUAUAUUAUGUGAAUAUAGUGGUAUGCCAUGACUUUGAUCAGAAUCGUUAAAUCAAAACACUCUGUUUUUAAUGGCUUUUGCUGUAAUAAAUCUUUCCAACAGGGGGUGGUGUGA